UGGAGAAAUAAGAUUUCUAAUCGCUGGUAAGGAAUGCAUUCUAAAAGCAACUAGUGUUAAGGCAAUUAAAAUUGGUGAAAUUGAGGAAGUAGGAAAUGAUAAAACAUUAUUUGCUAGGAAAUACGAUGAAGAAUGCCAAACAAACUGA